CCAUACAUCAUCAAAGAGGUUGUAUGAGACGCGCACCGAGCAACGCCGAAACGAGAGCAAAAGCUGCUCUCGCUCACUUUGUCUUGUGCUCUUGCGAUGGUGGUGAUGCUUUCGGGUGAUAUCCCCCCGAAUCAAACAGUCUACAUCAACAAUUUGAAUGAGAAGGUCAAGAAAGAAGAACUUAAACGAUCACUCUAUGCUUUAUUUUCACAAUAUGGAAGAAUUCUGGAUAUUGUGGCCUUGAAAACACCAAAGCUGAGAGGCCAGGCAUGGGUGGUAUUUGCUGAAGUUCCAGCUGCUAGCAAUGCAGUACGACAAAUGCAAAGAUUCCCAUUCUAUGAUAAACCAAUGAGAAUACAAUAUGCAAAAUCAAAGUCUGAUUGUAUUGCAAAAGAGGAUGGGACAUUUGUUCCAAGAGAAAAGAAGAAGAGGCAAGAAGAAAAAGCUGCUGAAAAGAAACGUCGAGCUGAGGAGGCACAACAAUCUGCAGCAAAUGCUCAAACCAACGGAGGGCUGUCUCAGUCUUCUCAAGUUCCCCGCCAUGCAAAGCCCGGUUCUCAGGAGCCUGCUGCUGCUCCAAACAAUAUCCUUUUCAUCGAGAAUCUGCCACAUGAAACAACAAAGAUGGUGCUCGAGAUCCUUUUCCAGCAGUACCCAGGUUUCUCUGAAGUACGGAUGAUCGAAGCAAAGCCUGGUAUUGCCUUUGUGGAGUUUUCUGAUGAUGUGCAGGCCUCCAUUGCGAUGCAGGCUCUCCAAGGUUUCAAGAUCACUCCACAAAACCCUAUGGCAAUCACCUAUGCAAAGAGAUGAUGAUGAUGAUGAUGUGUAUUCCGUCGGCUAUUGUCUCAAUAUUUGUAGAACGCGACCGAGGUUUUUUGAUUUGUAGGAUUUCAAGACCUAACGUUUUUUUACCUUCGACAAUGAAUUUGCUUUCAUGGAUUGAUGAGGGGCUUCUAGCAA